GUGGUUUUGGCACUCUGGGGCAGGCCUGGCGCGGCUUCGGUGCCGGAGGGGGAGCAGGAGGCAGUGCCAAAGGCUGCGCUGGAUGGCCUGAUGGGCUCGGUGGAGGCGUCUCUGCAGCCGCUGAAGGAGGAGGUGGCGGCGGGCCAUGUGGUCCCCAAGUUCGGGGAGCGCGCGCAGUCCGUCCUGAGCACCGCAGUGCAGCAGGCAGGGAAUGCCGGUAAACAGAUCGAGCCAGUGGUGGAUGCCAUGCUGCAGAGCUUGUUCCUGCAGCAGUUGGCCUUGCUGCGGCAGCAGAUGUCCACCAAGUUCCUCAAGGCCUCCCGACCCAUGGAGGCCGUGUCACAGGCGGACCAGCAAUUUGUCACGCAGGCGGAGGAGCUCAAGAGACCUGGCAGCUCCUGGAGCUAUGACCAGGAGCGCUACGCCUUGCGGGCAGUGCUCGAAAGCGGCUUCCGCCGCGACGCAGCUGUCCUGGAGGAGCACCAGAUGUCGAUCCGCUCGCAGCAGUCCACAGUGGAGAUCAUCAGCAGGCUGCAAAGCCAGAUGGAGAAUCUUCAGAUGAGGCUGCAGCACAUGCGUGCCGGCCAGCCGUGGUUCGUCUCCAGCUCCUACAGGAUCCCGGGCACCCCGCUGACGAUGAUCGGCCGCUUCCAGCAGGGCCGCGCCAGCGUGGAGCUGAACCUGGCGGCCGACAGGGAUCCCGUGACAGCGGAGGCGGGCUUUGUGCGUGGUAUCGGUCCCGCCAACCUGGGCGUGAGCGCGAAUUUUGGCUUCUGAGCGCCAGCGCUGGCGCCGCGAUCACGAUGUCAUGUUUCGAGAGCAUGAAGCGCCAGGGGGCGGGCUGAGGGUGUGGAGCGCACGCGCACGUAGCC